UAUGAGCAUUUCAAUGGACGUUGGAAUAUAUAGCACUCAAAUACACGUGUCGCCUCUUUUGUUCAGCUAUAGCGAUAAACAUAAACAAACAGGAGUUUAUUUAAGAUGCUCAUACUAUUAAUAACAUCUGAUAUUACCGAGUCCAUUGCAGUUCUGUAAUGGUGCUCAAAAAGUUGGAAAUGUUGUAAAGGUUCGUGCUGCGGUCCGUGUUUUCCGACUGUCAUUGAACGCAACAUAGACAGCCCUAGCCGCACCAGCAUGCAGGAGGAGACAGGUAACAGUCAGGUACCGGAGUUUGACGAAGCUGGAGAGGAAUUAUGACUCUUUCUGUUCAGUUCAGUGUUUUGAGAACCAGAGAGCUGAGGGAACUACUGGAGGAUGAAGAGAAGAUGAAUCAUACAGUCAGGUGUAGUGACAAAUUCCAGGAGUUGAAGAAAGCUACAGAGAAGAUGCUGCUCUCAAAUCAAAAACUGGCCAAAUCCUCCCUUUCCCAGAGGCCUAAAUUCAGAGAUGCAAAGUUCCUCCUUGCAGUAAAGUAUAAGGAAUUGGAGAAACUUAAAAACAUCAUCCAGGCCAAACAGGAGCGACUUGCUGAGAAAAACAGUGCUCAUUAUGUUCAGCAUUGUCUGAUGAAGAAGAUAAAUGAUGCUGAGGAGGAGUGUGAGCUGCUGUUUCAGAGGUUUGAGGAGGGGAAAGUACCCCCCGCAUAUUUCUUGGAUUCAUUUCUCAGUUUGCGUAAAAGCCACCACAUCACUUUAGUCCUGUUGAAAAAACUCCAGGAAGUGACCGACAGGAAACAAAGUCAGAGACCUGAUGUGAUUCACCCCAGUGCUCAGUAUCUCUCUGUGGGCUUUCCACAGCAGAUCCAUAACCCCAGCAGAGUCCCAGCUGUUCUCUGGCCCACCUGCUGUCAUCCCCUCACAUCUCCUCCUCUGAUCUAUCCUCCGAUCCUGCUGCCUUUUGGUGCACACGUCGGCACUGACCACUGUCUGCAGGAUUUAUCGUUUUGCUUGAACAGCGUGUCGCUACAUCCAGGACUGCAUGGACAGGGUGUGAAAUGGCCAGUAAGACCUGUACGUCUUCAGCCACUGAAGGGUCAGCACAGGAGGCAUGAACAGGGGCCGCGAUAAGAGAAAGCUCUGUUUUAGAUGAUGGUAGAAGGAAACCUUUACUGAAGUACUGUAUGAACAAAGGUCAAGAGUAUAUUUGUUUGAAAAUGUCCGUUUCAUGUGUCUUUAUAUGUAUGUUCAGCUCCAUUUCAUUGUAAAAUGUGUGCUUUUUACUGCACUAGGUUUGUCUGACAGCAGUGAAAACAAAAUGAAACUAAAUAAACUCUUUAAAAACUCUGUCAUCACAAAGCUUAAAACAGGCUUGUUAUUCUUAGCUUAUAAAAUGUCAACUUUUUACAUAUUUCAAUGCCAGAGACAUAUGGUGGUCUAAUAAAACAUGAUGCAUUGAAGAUUAAAAAGCACUAUAUGGAUAAAAAUACUGGGAAACAUCACAACCUACAGCUUGCAGGACUUCUCAUUUUUGUUUAUUCAAAAUAUUAUCAUGCUAAUGUUUGCCGUUUGUUAAUAAUUAUCACAGUCAACAUCAAAUUCAUAUUUUUUUUUAAAUAGAUUUUUUUUAUUCCUCAGAGAUUUGAUGAAACCAGACAAUUGUGGUUUAAAAUGAUUAUUUAUGUAAAUGUCAGAACAUCACAAAUAUGCAAGAAACAUAGAGGUGGAACAUACGGAGCAAGUGUUAUGAAAAGUUCCAUGCUGAGUAAAGUAAAAACAAACUGAGGCAUUUGUAACCGUAGAUGACACUGUAAACACCAUCUGGCUGUGUUUUUUUUCUGCCUAAUUUAUUAGAAUAUUUAAACCACUUCUUUGCAUUCAUAAUUUCAUACUUCCCUUGUAUUUUUGUGUGACGUCUGUUCUACUCUGUAACAUCUGGUAAAUUACGCUGCUGUUUAUAGAAAGCCCUCUGUAAAACAGAUUUUUAAUGUCAAGGAGUCUUUCCUGAUUAAAUAAAUAAAUUUUUAAAAAUGACAUUUGUUAUUAUUGCUUUGUAGCCCAGCCCCGUUUUAGCAAUGGAAUAUCUGUCCCUAUACUUUCACUCACAUAAUGUAGUUAAAGUGAGCUCAACCUUAAGUAAUAAAUACAACAUUA